AUGGUACACCUGAGCAGCGUCACCCAACGGCCGAAGGAGGAUGAGGCAUCAUCCUCCUCUUCUUCUACGUCGACCAUCAGCGAGGCACGCAAGAUCGCCAAGAAGAAGUUCCAUCUCAGCCUAUCCCAGUACACCGAUGAUUUCACCACGAGUGUCUACGGCUCCCGGUUCGCCGAGAAGACUCUCCCUAGCCACCAUAUGCCCGAGCUGGAGAUGCCCAAGGAUGUUGCCUACCGCUUGAUCAAGGACGAGCUCAGUAUGGACGGCAACCCCAAGCUCAACCUCGCUUCAUUCGUCACGACUUACAUGGAAGAUGAGGCCGAGAAGCUCAUGCAGGAAGCCCUCCCCAAAAACUUCAUCGACUACGAGGAGUACCCCCAGUGCGCCGAGAUCCAGAACCGCUGCGUCAACAUGAUUGGCGACCUCUUCCACGCCCCCACCGGAGACGCCAUCGGCACCUCGUGCGUCGGCUCCUCCGAGGCCAUCAUGCUUGCUGUGCUGGCCAUGAAGAGGCGUUGGAGGCUCCGCCGUGAGUCUGAAGGCAAGCCCUUUGAUAAGCCCAACAUCGUCAUGUCCUCGGCCGUCCAGGUCUGCUGGGAAAAGGCUGCGCGCUACUUUGAAGUCGACAUGUACCUUGUCUACUGCACCCGCGAGAGGUUCGUCAUCGACCCGGAGGAGACGGUGAAUAUGUGUGACGAGAACACCAUUGGCAUCUGUGCCAUUCUCGGCACCACGUACACGGGAGAGUACGAAGACGUCAAGGCCGUCAAUGACCUUCUCAUGGAGAAGAACAAGGAUAUUCCCAUCCACGUCGACGCUGCCAGCGGCGGCUUCGUCGCGCCUUUCGUCUCCCCCGACCUAGUCUGGGAUUUUCAGCUGCCAAAGGUCGUGUCCAUCAACACGUCUGGCCACAAGUACGGCCUCGUAUACCCCGGUAUCGGCUGGGUUAUCUGGCGUUCAUCCGAGUAUCUUCCCAAGGACCUCGUCUUCAACAUCAACUACCUUGGCGCCGACCAGUCAUCCUUCACCCUCAACUUCUCCAAGGGCGCAUCCCACGUCGUGGCCCAGUACUACCAGCUCAUCCGCCUCGGCCGUCACGGCUACCGCGCCAUCAUGAGCAACGUGACACGCACCGCCGACUACCUGGGCGAGGAGCUUGAGAAGCUAGGCUUCGUCAUCAUGUCGCAGCCCUCGGGCGGUGGCCUCCCUCUUGUUUCGUUCCGCUUCCCCGACGUGCCCGAGGGCGAGGAUGCAGGCGACCGUCACUACGAUGAGUUUUCGCUCGCCCGUAGUCUGCGCUCCAGGGGCUGGGUCGUCCCCGCCUACACCAUGGCCCCCAAGACGGAUGAACUCAAGAUGCUGCGCGUUGUCGUCCGCGAGGACUUUUCCCGUAGCAAGUGCGACAUUCUUCUGGCCGACAUCAAGCUGUGCCAGGAGCAACUUGUCUCGCUAAACCGCGACGCCCUCAAGGCCCAGGACGACUUUAUCAAGAAGCACAUCUCGGCCCAUGGCCGCCUGGCCUCGUUUAACAAGCACCACUCCCACCACACAUACAAGGAUGAGAAACACUCGCUCCAGGGCAAGACGGGCAAGACGCACGGAAUAUGCUAG